AAAAAAAAAAUAAAAAAAAUAAUAUAGCGGUAACAAACUACUUGUCAAAAUCAAAUUACGUAUAUAAAAACCUACAAACACAUACGAGUGAUUGAACAAGGAAUUAAAAGUGCUCCUCCGGGACCGAAGAAAAUGAAGGGUUCCUUAUCACACGAAGUCCAAGUGAAGGUUCCGGCGGCCGAAGCCUGGAAAGUUUACGGCACGCUUCAACUGGCGGAGGUAGUCCGGCAACGGCUACCAAACGUUUUGGCCCGGAUCGAUGUCUUGGAAGGAGACGGAGGUCCGGGAACCAAACUCCACCUCGUCCUCCCGCCGGGAAACCCGCUUGUUUCGUACUCGAGGGAACAUUUCCUGGUGGUGGAUGAUCAGACAAUGACCAAAGUUGCUCAGGUUUACGAAGGCGGGUUUCUGAACCUGGGGUUUACGCUUUAUCAGGUUACUUUUCGGAUCGUCCCGGAUCCCGACGACGGAAAUUGUUGCACCGUUAAGACCGUGCUUGACUAUGAGAUGGGAGAAGAAGCGGCUGGGAAUGAGGGUUUAGUCACCAUCGAGCCUUUUGUCCACAUUAUGAAUGCUGCCACUGAUUACCUUCUCAACGGCCCCGUUGCCAAUUGAUCGGUGCAAAUCGAGUAGAGAUAUUCAUAAUAAAACAUUACACAAUGUAUACAAACCUUUUUUCUUUUUUUUUUUUCUUUUUUUGCCUUUUAUCUAGAUGCUACUAUUGUAACGUAAGUAAACAAUAUUUAUCGUGAUUGGUAGGUUAUUGUAAUCCGUUUAUUGGAGGGGAAAAAAAUGAAAAUAUAUGUUAUAUUCUCUUCUACUUCAUGAACUUCUAUCCUGGAGGUCUGUAAUUUAUUUAUUUUUUACUCCCUCCAUCUUAAAAUUAU